AUGGAUCGAGCCGUGGUAAGAUGUGUCCCUUGGGAAUCCAAACUCACCAUUUCCUUCGUCCUUGACGGGAGCAACAAACAAAUGCUCAGGGACCAGACGGAGGAGCUAGGCAAAGCGCUGGCACGGAUCGCCAACAGUAUCAUCAAGGGCCAGGGCAAAGCUAAGAAAUCCAAGAAAAACAAAGGCGCGCCCACGGACGCCCAGGAGCCCGCUACAGCGGUGAGGCUGUACUACAACGGAGACUUUGUGGCAGGGGAUGCUAUAAACUCCGAUGCCUGGCAGGAUGGGGCAGUUUUACACGUGGGUGACAGUAAGUACACGGUGGAGAGGAACCCUCCCACAUUCACCACGGCAGAGCUGCCCGCUUCUCUCCUGGCCGGGUUUCCCGUGUGCCCGAAGCUCAAGAUAGAAUUUGGGGAUUUGAAAGACUGUCGGUUUAAAUGGUUCAAGGAGAGCAAGUCGGGUGCAGGUGACGAGGAGCGUCGAGGAGAGACUGAUUGGACCGAGGCGGGGAGCGAACGGGUGUUCAUCCCUUCAAAUAUGGACAUUGGCUCCAAGCUUAAACUGACAUGCACGCCGGGAGAUGGAAAAACGGUGUGGGAUGGACAAGGAGUUAAUAACCAUCGGUACAGUCGAGGCAGGGCCUGGCACGUGUACCUUUGACAACAGACACAUGUACACCAACAAGGUGACAGAUGACACCGCCAUCAGAGUAGUGUCAUACAACAUCUUAGCUGACGUUUACGCACAAACGGACCUCUCCAAAACCGUCCUGUACCCGUAUUGCACCCCCUAUGCGUUGGAACUGGACUACAGACAAAGUCUGAUAAAAAAAGAACUGUCCGGCUAUAACGCUGACAUCAUCUGCCUUCAGGAGGUGGAUAAGAACGUGUUCGCCGACAGUCUGUCUCCGGCCCUGGACGCGUUCGGCUUCGACGGGGUCUUCAGGAUUAAGGAGAAGCAGCACGAAGGCUUGGCCACCUACUACAGGAGGUCGAAGUUUAAACUGCUCAGUCAACACGACAUAAUGCUGAGUGAAGCUCUGAAGUCAGACCCGAUCCACGAAGAACUGUUGGACAGAGUGAGCAGCAACCCUGCCUUGAAGGAGAAGGUGGUGCAGAGAUCUACCACUCUACAGGUAGAGUAAUGUGGGGGGGGGUGUUGGCUCCGGCUGUAACUAGGAUCUGCUGGGAUCCGAGGCCCUUUGGGAUCUAGCUACAAUCGGAGCUAGGCGUGUGUGUGUGUGUGUGUGUGUGGCUAGGCUAAUUGACAUGUGUGUGCUCUCUCCCCUCAGUUUGGCUCUGCUUGGCUGAAACCUUAUUUUCUCCUUUGUAGGUGAGUGUCCUUCAGUGUCUGAAUGAUCCGUCUAAGAAGAUCUGUGUUGCCAACACCCACCUCUACUGGCAUCCCAAAGGUAAAGUGUUAUUGUAUCAGCAAUGCGUUACUACACUUAGCCCUAGUUACAGUCUACCUUAUUACAGGAGCCAAGAGUUGUUUCUCAUCAAGUAACAUGGUUAGGUAAAACUCUGGGCCUUAGCUAUGCAGCACAGCAUGACCUGUUUCACACUACUGAGCCGAGCUGAAAACUAAAUAUCCAAGCCAACCUAUCACUGGAACCAUGCUGAAAACUAAAUAUCCAAGCCAACCUAUCACUGGAACCAUGCUGAAAACUAAAUAUCCAAGCCAACCUAUCACGGUUUAAGUUGGCACACUAGUGAUAAUCAAGUACAUAUUCCAGCCAUAAACAUAUUCCAUUGUUAUAACGGUUUAACGGUUCUAUAUCCUCACCACAGGUGGGAAUGUGCGUCUGGUCCAGAUGUCCGUCGCUCUGAAACAGCUGCAGCAGGUGAUCACCCAGAGUUACCCUGACGCCUCGCUCCUCUUCUCCGGAGACUUCAACAGCACCCCAUCCUCAGGGGUUUACCAGCUGGUGAGCCAGGGAGCUCUGCCCAGCACCCACCCAGACUGGAGCUCCAACGGGCCGGACGAGCUCUGCCCCAUGGAGGUCUCCAACCCCUUCCAGCUGAGUAGCGCCUGCGGGGAGCCGGCCUAUACUAACUACGUAGGGGGCUUCCACGGAUGCCUGGACUAUAUCUUCAUGGACCCACGGGUGCUGCAGGUGGAACAGAUGAUCCCUCUGCCCAGCCACCAGGAGAUCACUACCUGUCAGGCCCUGCCCAGCGUCUCACACCCCUCUGAUCACAUAGCACUGGUCUGUGACCUCAGGUGGAAGUGAAGCAAAGCUAUCUCCCCUGUAUACAGCGGUCUGUGCCUGAUCCACCCCAGGGUCUCAGACUGGUGCCGUUUCUCAACCAGGAGCGGUCCCAAUCACAUCUCCUUUCUCCUGAAGUGUAAACUUGUUCAUCACUUCCCACAAAUCUAAAAGCGUUAGAUUGGCGGAGGGUAGGGGGGUACUGGGAGAUUACGCCAUAUUUCUGUUACCAGUCAUUUCCUUUUAAAUCAGUGAAGGGAAGUGAACCAGUGCACACUUUGGGAGAAUGGAGAGAUAAUUGGGACAUGGCCCAUGUCUGUGUCUAUAUCAGGGCCCCUACA